CACGCACGUUUCUGGCCUUUCUCUAUAUUUCAACAUCAUUUGAAUAUCCAAGGUAAUUGAAGUUUAUAAAUGGUGGAAAUAUACUGAGUUUGAGUUAAUUCUGCUUUUGGUCUGGAAAUUUUGCGCGAAGAUGGAAUAUACGGAUUUUCACAACGGAAGAAUAGUUAAAAGGAGAACAAUGGAGGCACAAGGUGGUGCAGAAGUGAGGCGACUUCACAUCCUAUACUUUUUAAGUCGAAAGGGUCGGAACGAACAUCCUCAUCUCAUUCGAAUCCAUCAUCUCUCCAAUAAUGGUGUUCGAUUGAGAGACAUCAAGAGAUGGUUGGGAGAAUUGCGAGGAAAAGACAUGCCAGAAUCAUUUGCUUGGUCUUACAAGAGGACAUACAAGACAGGCUAUGUAUGGCAAGACAUACUAGAUGAUGACCUACUUACUCCAAUCUCAGACAAUGAAUAUGUCCUCAAAGGUUCUGAGAUUUCCUCCACUAAUCACAACAUAGGUAAAACAAAACUCUUACUCACUUUUUCUCACAAGGAGCAGACAAGAGCUCAAGAAUCAGCAAACCAUAGUGAAAGAGCAUCAUCCAACAUCCAUUCAUCAGACAGCUUCAAUGAUGUCUCAUCAAAAACACCAAGCUUUGGAUCAGAAACAUCCUCUUCAACAGAUGAUUCACUACGAAAACACACACUAGACGAGACGAGUUCAGACAGAUUUAACCAGGAGUCCGUGUCGAACGAGAAGAAGAGGAAGACUAACAAGCUUGAGAUCAUCAACGCCAAGAGUAGUGUCAGUAAAACAGCUGAUAAACCACCCCAUCACAGAAAGACCCAUUCUAGUGGUAUGUUCCGGAGUUUCAUAAGCUGCGGUGGCGUAGAUACAAAUGACUCGGUUGUGCUGAUGGCAAGCAAGCGGUAUAAGCCAUUCUUGAAGACGUGCUCGGGCAACUCAGCAGAUGGGGUGAGGGACCCUGCACGGGAGAAGGGAGGAAGCAGAGUGCCUCGUGCUGCUUGGCCACUCUAUGGACCCAACUGCUCGCAAUGUGGGAAGACAUUUAAACCAGAGAAACUGCAUUCUCAUAUGAACUCCUGCAAGGGGAUGAAAGCCUUGACCAAGGCUUCUUCUGCUACUGAGAAUAUAUCCAGAAAAGAGGACUCGGUUUCUCAAUAUUUACUUACUCAAAAUUGUUAGAACCGCUUCACUACAAUGUUCAUUCUUCUAGGAAUCAUUUGUGCUCAACACAACUUUCAA